AUGGGCAAGAAUGACAAACGAGGAGGAGGCGGCGGAGGAGGCGGGAGCACACGCGGACAUGGAGGAGGGCGAGGCAGGGGCCGCGGCGGUAGCAGAGGUGGACGUGGUGGAAAGUCUCAUACCAACCACCACAAGGAUAGGGAGGUUGGUGCUGAAAGUGCACACGACAUUGCCCGCGGUGGAGAUGACGGCGAGUCAGAGCGUGUCAAGAGCAACAUCCCAAUGCCACUUGGAAUGUGGGAUUUCGAGCAUUGCGAUCCCAAGCGCUGUUCAGGAAAGAAGCUGGUCCGCUUGGGCAUGGUCGAGACUCUCAAAAUCAGUCAACGAUUCCGUGGAGUCUGCAUGACACCUAAUGGAGAGCAGGCAGUAUCACCUGCGGACAGAGAAGUUGUCAGGGAGCACGGAUUGGCUGUUGUCGACUGUUCUUGGGCAAAGCUUGGAGAUGUGCCCUUCAAGAAGCUGCGCGCUGGACAUGAUCGUCUCUUACCUUACUUGGUUGCGACCAACCCUGUCAACUAUGGAAAGCCCUGGAAGUUGAACUGUGUCGAGGCAUUGGCUGCCUGUUUUUUUAUCACUGGAUUCGACGAGUAUGGCGAUGAGUUGCUCUCAAAGUUCAAGUGGGGUCACGCCUUCAGAAAAGUUAACGCGGAGCUGCUGUCGAUAUAUUCCAAGUGCACGGACUCGGCUUCGGUUAUUGCCGCUCAAAACAAAUACUUGGCCAUGAUCGAAAAGGAGCACAAUGAAAGGCAUGAUGGUGAGGGCAGUGACGAUGAUCUGAUGGUCGCCAACACGAAUCAUAGCAUGGUUGCUUUUGGCGAGGGCGGAAGCGACGAGGGUAGUGACGAGGAGGAUAGCGAGGAGGAAUCCGAAGAGAGCGAAGAAGAGAGUGAAGAAGAAGAGACGGAGGAGGAAUCCGAAGAGGAGAGCGAAGAAGAAAGUGAAGAGGAAAGUGAUGAGGAAGAGUCAUCUGAGGAGGAGAGCGAAGAAGUGGUCAUCUCUCAGUCCAUGAAGAAAACUCAAAUCAAAUAA